AUGCCUCCCUCCACCGCAACCUGCCCCUCCACCCCAGACGACUGGGAGGAGAUCACCUCCUCCGAAAUCUCCGACGCCCCCGACGAAGACAUCGAGGUAAUCGACCGGUCCGAAGCCAUCGGACCCGAGCCCGUCGCACCAAGGACACCGCGACGCCCAUCAACACCGUGCCACCCCACCACUCCCCCGGCCCAAACCACCACAACAAGAACCGAGCCCCCGGCCGCGCCCCUCCGGCAGUUCACCAACUCACCCCGCCUCCCCACCGCCACCACCCAAGACCUCCACGCCAGCCUCGCGCAAAUGACUCUCAAUUUGCGUCACCAGCUCGGCUUGCCGCGUCGCCAGGGAACGCUGCGGGGGGUCGGGAGUCGUUUCGACGUCCCCGCCAACACCAACGCCAGCGGCGCCGCCCACAACGGACAGUCGCCGCGGUGCAGGUACGAGGUGCGUGCCCGUGGCGCAGUCUUUGCCGACGUGCUGCCCGUGCCGCGGCGGUCGACGCCGAGUGUGCCGCCGCGGGAGUUGGAGGCGGUCGCGGGUGCGGGUGCGGGAGCGGGAGCGGGAGCGCAGAGGCCUUAUGGUGAUGAGGCUUGGAGGGCUAUGAAGAGGGCGGCGGCGCAGACGGCGCAGGGAGGCAGUUACGGUGAGGGUGUUGAAACGAGUGCUGCUGGUGGGGGUGCGAACAUCGGCACUGCGGAGAGGGAGAGGGCGGAGCAGCCGCUUGCGAGAUCGAGAAGGCAACGAGGCCCGGUGGGUGGCGUGGGCUUGGGUGUGGGCUUGGGGCCGCGGGAAAGGAGGGUUGUGAGGGAAAGCGAGGGGACGCCGCUGGGGCAUCAUGGGGAUAUUGGACGGGGUCGUGAUGAUAAUGAGGAGGAGAGGGGGUGGGACCGAGACCAGGAGCGUGAGGAGUCGGAGCGUCGUGUCAGGUACCUUAUGAAUGGGAGGCAUGACUUGACUUUGACGGAGGAGCGCGAGCGGGAGCGGGAGUUGGCGUGGCGCGCGCUACGGGCGUGUGAGAGGCGUCGCUUGGGUUCGAGGGGGAGUGCGUUGACUUGA